AUGGCCGGGCCGGAUGUUCCAGCGAGCCCCUAUGGGGCCCCAGAGGACGCGAACCCACCGGCUCCGGGCCCCGAUGCCCCACCAAGAAAGAGUCGCAGCCGGGCCAUCACGGCGUGUAGCGCCUGCCGGACGAGGCGGACGAGAUGCGAUCGGCGCAGCCCCGCGUGUACCUACUGUCGCACCCGCGGACUCGAUUGCCAAUACGAGCCGAGCCAGACCAGCGCCGCGUCUAGAGUGGAGGCCGAGCUCGCCGCCAUCAACCGCCGGCUAGACUACAUCACCAACUCCUUGCAAGCAGGGCAACCAGCGCACCCGCCCCCGCCCCCGCCCCCGCAUUGCCAACAGCUGUCUCCGGUCGUUGACGCGGAGAAUCAAAGCCACGCCGAUAGCAAUGCGAGCCAAGCCGUCACAGGGGUGGAGAGAUCGCCAUUCCAGCUGCUAGUGACCGACUGCAUGAUGGAGGUUCUCGGUCUCGGCCCCGGUUUUGCGCGGGAGCUCGUGCUGCUCGAACGAAGCAUUACGCCGCGCCGCGCACGCGUCAGUCACGCGGGGAGACUGUGUUUUCUACCGCAGCAGCAAGUACUCGCCGCGCUCGACGCCUUCUCCGCCCAUGUCCACAUCUGGUACCCGAUACUCCGCCCGGGCUUCUCGGAGCGCUGCCUUAGCGUGCUAACAGGGCCGUUGGCGCCGGGCUCCGAGUCCUGCUUGAUGCUGGCUGUGGCAGCGGUGGGCGCCCUCGCUUUGGAAGACCGGGCGGUACGAACAGGGGCACCCUCACCGCCGUACUACCCUGAAAGGAACAGCGAGCUCUACCUGGAAGCCGCCACUGCGUCGUUGCCGGCUGUGCUCGUCGACGAGAGCCUCGAUAGCAUCCAGGCGUUGGUCCUCUUGAGUAUCUACCACUGCUGCCUUUCCCGGCCGUGCCAGGCCUACGACUAUGCUAUGACUGCCUCCUUCAAGGUCCAGAACUUGGUGAAAUGCGCGGGCGAGGGCAAUGACGAGCUGUACGAGCAGGCGAAGAGGUGUUAUUGGGCCGUCCUGCUGCUGGAGAGCGAGCUCCGCGACCAGCUCGACAUGGUCGACAGCGGAAUAUGGAACUACGACGACAGGGUCGACCUGCCGGACAGCCGCCCUUCAUGGCACUUCCAGCUCGAUACUGGCUCCCCAGGUGCAACGACAGCGUCUCCCGGCAGCAUAAUCAGUGGGGCCUCGGCAUCGGCAGACGGGAGCGCUGUUACUUCGAACAAGGCCCAGGCAUACUUCCUUGCCGAGAUUGCCGUGAGGCGCAUGCUGCAUCGCUGUUACACUGCCAUCCGUAGGACGCCUCAGGGAGACAUCGUCUACGCGCCAACCAUUGCGCUCGAGCUCGAGACGCAGCUCGACGAGUGGCAAAGCUUCCUGCCCGACGCAGUCCACUUCCGUCACCUUGCUGUCCUGGAACCACUUAGCAAUUUCCUUCGAGUCCAGUAUCAUUGCUGCAAAAUAUCAAUCUACUGGCCGGCCGUGUAUCAGUGCAUCCAGGACGGCGAACCCACUACCACACAGAUACUCGAGCACUGCGAGAGGUUCUUCAACACGUAUAUGCAGUGUAUUCCCAGCAUGUUAAUGGCAGUCCGCGACUGCAUCGUCAACCGCUGGACGCUCUACGCUACCAUCUUCACGACAUCCAUGGCGGUCCUCCAGGCCGCUGCGACACCCUGCCUGCGCAACGGAUGUGCCGUGGACUGGGCUCACCUCCUGGUCUGCCUCCGAUCGACAAGGUCGGUCGACAUACGCAUCGUACAGGCCAGCCCCUCCUUAACCCUGUUGCACCGUACCCUCACAGAUCAGGUGGCAGAGGUGUGUCCUAACGACUCCUCGGCAACUCCAACCCAUCCCAUACCGUAA